AUGAAGGUCAUUCUCGCCAUCAAUGCCGGCUCCAGCUCGGUCAAGAUCUCGGUUUAUACCGCAGAUAAGAACGCAGAACCUCAUCAAAUCGCAGAAGCCUCAAUCGGAGGAUUGACUGCCCCACCAGCUACGCUUGCUUAUACGCGUCGCGGUGAGAAGGUGGUCAAGGCGAAAGAGGUUGCCGAAAGUGUCAAGAAUCAAGAGGAUGCUUUCGACCUUCUCCUCAAGACAUUCAUUGAUGACAAUGAGCUCAAUGAGAUCUCUUCAAAGGAGGACAUUGCCAUCGCCAGCCACCGCAUCGUUCAUGGCGGAGACUAUGAUCGGUCGCAAGUCAUCACCCAAGAUGCCUAUCACCACCUUGAAGAGCUCAGCGACUUGGCACCACUCCACAAUGGCGUCGCCUUGAGCAUAGUCGAUACUUGCAUCAGCGCGCUGCCCAGGACCAUCAACGUCGCCUGUUUCGACUCGCAAUUCCAUACAACUAUUCCUCCACACAUCUACACCUAUCCCAUCGACCCAAAGAUCGCCAAGAGUAAUCGCUUACGCAAGUACGGGUUUCACGGAAUCAGUUAUGCAUUCAUCACAAGAGCCGUGGCCCAGUAUCUUGAAAAAGACGUCGACAGCUUAAACAUGAUCGCUUUGCACCUCGGCAGCGGUGCCAGCGCCUGCGCCAUCAAGGGCGGCAAGAGUUGGGAUACGAGCAUGGGGCUUACACCGUUGGCGGGCCUUCCUGGAGCGACUCGAAGCGGCAGUGUUGAUCCUAGUCUUGUCUUCCACUAUGCCUCCGAUGUGGGGAAACUCUCCCCUGCAUCCACCAAACAUCUUCACAUUUCAAGGGCUGAAGAGAUCCUCAAUAAGGAGAGCGGCUGGAAGUCCAUGACAGGCACCACCAACUUUGGCGUAGUUGCCGAGUCAGACGAACCCACCCACCGCCUGGCCUUUGAAAUCUUUGUCGAUCGCAUUGCCGGCUUUAUCGGCUCUUACUUCGUAACCCUCGAGGGUCGUGUCGACGCUUUGGUCUUCGCUGGCGGCAUUGGAGAGCACAGCGCCAAGCUUCGAUCUGCCGUCGUCGAGAGGGUUGCCUGCUUAGGCUUUGCCCUCGAUGAUGCUAGUAAUCAGGAACCUAUCAAGGAUGUGGUCCAGGAACUCGGUAAACGCGAUGCCAGGCAGCGGGUGCUCGUCUGUCAGACAGACGAGCAGCUGGAGAUGGCCAGAUUGUGUGCAGAAAAGGAGGAUAUAUGGGAAUAG